AUGCCCCGGCCUCCGCUGGCUGUACAAGCGGUGACCUUGACCCUGGUGCCCCUCGUGUGCGCUGUGGGUGUGGCAGGCAACGCCAUGGUGGUCCUGGUGGUGCUCCGUAGCCGCCACAUGGUCACACCCACCAACUGUUACUUGGUGAGCCUGGCCGCCGCGGACCUGCUGGUGCUCCUGGCGGCAGGAGUGCCCACCGUAGCCGAGGCGGCGUCCGCCCGGGUUUGGGUCUUUGGCCACGCAGGCUGCCUGGGCAUCACCUACCUGCAGUACGUGGGCAUCAACGCGUCCACAGGCUCCAUCACCGCGUUCACGGUGGAGCGCUACCUCGCCAUCUGCCACCCGCUGCGCGCCCAAACUCUGUGCACCGUGGCGCGGGCCAAGCGCAUCGCGGCAUCUGUGUGGCUGGGCACCAGCGCCUACUGCGUGCUCUGGCUCUUCCUGGCGGACACCCGCGAGACCGCGUACGCCGACGGCGUGCAGGUGCAGUGCGGCUACCGCGUGUCGCGCUCUCUCUACCUGCCCAUCUACUUCCUGGACUUCGCGCUCUUCUAUGCGCUGCCCCUGGGCCUGGCUACCGCGUUCUACGUGCUCAUAGCGCGCGUCCUCUUUGUGGGGCUGCUGCCUCCUGGCGACCGAGGGCGCUCGGGCUCUGCGCACCAGGGCCGCCCCGCCGGCCACCAGCGCUUCUUCUCCAGGGGCAAGAGAGGCGCCCUCAACUCCCGGAAGCAGGUCACCAAGAUGCUGGCUGUGGUGGUGCUGGUGUUUGCUCUGCUGUGGCUGCCCUACCGCUCCCUGGUGGUGGUGAAUUCCUUCCUGAGCCCGCCCUACCUCAACCUUGGCUUUCUUCUCUUCUGCCGCCUUUGCAUCUACCUGAACAGUGCCGUCAACCCUGUCAUCUACGCCCUUAUGUGCCAGCGCUUCCGGGAGGCCUUCCAUGGACUAGUUCAGUGCCAUCGGGCCCGGCCCCAGCUCCCGCCCCAGGAGGCCAACCCCGUGUACUACAGUGUCAUCGAAGAUUGUUCCCAGAUCAGACUGGGCUCUUAG